AUGGCGUCUUCGGUGGGCGAUCACCGCCCCUUCUGGAGAGAUGAUGAAGUGGUGGUGGAUAAAGAUGGUAUCCCCCACUAUAGUGGGGCAGUCCCUGGCCUGAUGACGGAAUACCGCCGUCGAGUUCUCUUCGCCUACAACAACUUGGAAGGCGAUGGUGACACCCCGGAGAAGGAGAAGAAAGAUCUUGAGAAGCGCCAAUCUCGCUUCGCAAAGAAGCUCCUAGAUAGCCUUCAUGGAGAAGCGUGGAAGGCAUGCCAAAGCCUUCUUGGUGAGAACGACAAGCUCCGGGAGAAGGACGGCUACAAGCAUGUGUUUCGUGCCCUGCAAUCCAUCGAGAAGGCAGCUGUGCUCCGAAAGACCGAAGCCUUCGAGCAGUUCUUUGAAAAGUGUCAGCGACACAAAGGCCAAAGCAUCGACUCCUGGCUUCGCAAGCGCACUCAGGAAUGGAACGACCUCAUCGACCUCACGGAGAACACCAUGAUGAGCGAAGACCUGAGAGCCUUCUUUCUGUUGAAGCAUGCCUCGCUGAGCCGAGAAGAUCGGAGGCAAGUGUUGUUGGCCAACCAGUCCGACUACACCCUUGAAGGCAUCGAGAAGUCGCUUCGCAUUUCGUUCCAUGACAUCCACGAGCGAGAAGGCCGACGUGAGUGGCCAAAGAAGGCUGGAUACCAGUACCAGCCCAAGUACAAGAAACACUAUGCCAACCUCGUGGAUGAGUCUGAGGUUCCUGAGAAUGUCGAGAAUUUUGACGAGAUCUAUGAUCCUGAAGAGCUCUUUGACCCUGAAGAGAGCUAUGCUGUGGAGGAAGAGGAGGAUCCACCCUCCGACCUUGGAGCCAGCGACGACGAUGAAGUCCAUGAGGCCUACGCCUCGUAUCAAGCCAGUCGCAACAAGUUGAAGGAACUUCAACGAAAUCGUGGCUUCUUCCGCGGCGACUUCAAGGGCGAGAUCAGUUUGGAGGAGCGCAAGGCAGCUGUUCAGAGGGAGAAGCAGAGGACCAGAUGCGCUGCCUGCGGCCGAGUUGGCCAUUGGGCUGGAGAUGCAGCUUGCAGCAAGUCACACAAGAGUGGCCCCAAGAAGAUGGACGGCAAGCGAUCUGGUGGAGGCAAAGGGAAAGGCAAGAGCAAAGGGAAGACCGGUGGCAAAGCUUUCUACGUUGAAGAAGGCCCUCGUUACUUCAGCCUUGGAAGUGAGAUGGACGAGGAAGAUGCCUUUUGCCACAUGGUUCAUGACGAUGAGACCACCGAUGAGAUGCACGAUGCCGACCUGGAUGCACGUCGAAAGAAGGCCCGGGCUCCACCUUCGGAGUCUGAUUGGGAAGCUGUUGAGCCAGUGGAGUUUGAUAGCACCUCCUAUGCUUCUAUGACGGCCAUUCCCGAGCCCUAUGUGUCUGAGGCCGAUGAUGUCCCUGUCAAGAUCGAGAUGACUGUGCCCUCAGACAAGAUCAAGGUUCUCUUGGUCCCGAGCUUCGAGGAGGUCAUGCCGAAGAAGCUCCAUGAGUUGAAGGCCUACCAGCUUCAGGCCGAAUGUGAAUCCUGGGGCAUCCUCACCAGCGGCAACAAGAGUGACAUGAAGGCGCGCUUGAUGCGCUUCUUUGCUGGUGAGCCAAUCCAGAAGAAGGGAUGCACCAAACAGUUCGUGCAGCUUCGACUUGAUCGACCAUCAUCCACAACCUCCCCGAGGAAAGUUGCGAGCUCAAGUUCUGAUGGACAAAUGCCAGUGGUCAAGCCCAAGACAAAGUUGGCACCAAAGCCCAUGCCUGAGAAGCUUCGCCGCUCCAAGGACUUUGCCUAUGCUGUGAAGGAAGACCCGAAUGACUACCAGCUUGAGAACGACCAGAUUCCUGCAGCUUCCUUCGGCAAGUCCGGCUAUCAAGAUCCAAGCCAUGGAUUUCGGAGGGACGAGGCAGAGCAGAGGGCAGCCCGUUUUCGUGAAGAGUUCGUCAUGUGCAGCCGGACGGGCAUCGCUGUUCCAGUCGAUCGUGUGGGCAAGGCAGAUCCGAAUGUCCCUUGUCCUACUUGUGGCAACCAUAUGGCAAUUCGUCGCAACCGAGAUGAUGGAGGUCUCUUCUUCGGCUGCUCGCGCUAUAGCCAACCUACUGGCUGCCGAGGCACGCGGAAGCUCAUUGAGGUGGACGCCGACUACUACAAUUGGAGCAGGGCCUAUGAUGAUGAGGCCAACACCUUGGUAAAAGAGAUUUCACCCACCUUCGGCAUCUAUGCACUUGGAGAAGGUGGAUUGCAUGAGAAUUUAGUUGAUGAGCCCAAUGUCGCAGACCACCGCGUUUUUCAGAAUUCAAUAGACUCACAACAGCAGGAGCAUCACCAUUUUGGACCUGCAGUUUGUGAAGGAGAACUUGAUGAGUCCAGACUGUGCCUCCUCGACACGGCCUGCACGGCCUGCAUGCACAGUCGACGAUGGAGAGAAAGCUAUGAACGCUUGUUGCCAGAGAACUUGAGGUGCACUCAAACGCCCAUCCGCAAGUCCUUUCACUUCGCCAAUGGUUCCUCUACAGAAGCCAAGGCAGUUGUUUGGAAGAUUCCCAUCUUCAUCAAGGGGUACCAGGGUGAGGUCUACAGUGCGGAGAUUGAGCAGGGCAUGACACCUUUGCUUUUGAGCAUCUCGGCCAUGUCGGCCUUGGACAUGGUCAUACACCUCAAGGAGCAAGUUGUUCAGGUGCGCAAGCUCGACUUGGAAGUCCCUAUGCUGGUCACGAAGUCAAGACACCUGGCGAUUGACAUCGCCUUUGACCCUGAGGCCGCAGUCCAGACUGAAGAACUUCCCUCUACAAGUCGAGAACCUCGCAUUGUCUCUGAGCGUGAAGAUUUGCUUGUUUACUAUGGUGAGGAAGCUCAGAUGACACUUCUUGCUGGACAACCUGGACUACCAGAAUGGCAACCUCCUGAAGGACGAGUUCUACAAGCUUGCACUCAGCAACGGGGCAUCCGCCCUGAUGACCCAACCGGACAGAUGUCCGAGAGACGAGUUGAGGAGUUGAAGAAUGCAGCCUUUCACAUCCAAGUUGCUGAUGAGAGGAUGUGGGCGGCACUCAAGCGCCACUAUACACUUGCAGAGCAGUUCUGUACGCUUGACUUCAAGACAACCGUGAUCUUCGAGCCCUUUGCAGGUUCUUUUGGCACAACAAGAGUUGCUUCCAGAGACUACGGUUGGACCAACUCCCAACCAAUGGACCUUCGAGACGGCUAUGAUUUGCUCUCGACCUCAGGCCGUCGACUACUGUAUCAAGUGUUGGACGACCACCUUCCCUACUUGGUCCUCAUCGCCUUCGAUUGCCGGAUCUGGAGUUUGUUGACCAACAUGUCUCCCGGUCACCCGUGGGCAAAUUUGAGAGAGACCAUCGGCAAGGUGACCCUCAAGCUCAUUGUCAAGAUUUGCAAGAUCCAACACCGAAGAGGCAGAUACUAUCUCAUUGAGAACCCGGCUGGCAGCUACGCUUGGGUUCAUGAAGGUCUUUUAGCAGAGCUCUUGGAGCAUGCCGGUGGCAAGUUUGUCACUGGUGACCAAUGUCCUUUUGGAUGCAGAGACUCCCAGAGCUUUCGACCUAUCCGGAAACCAACUGGAUGGCUUUGCAACUCCGAGGUGAUCCUCAACCAUGUUGGUCGAAAGUGCACCUGUCACUGGGGCAGUCACCAGCCCCUAGUUGGUCGGAACCAAGACGGCCUUCGUUCCAAGCAAGCAGCUCAGUAUCCACGGCCUCUGUGCAAGGCCAUUUGCAAUGGAGUUCUCAAGCAGAUGCAGCUUGACUACAAGGUCAUGAUGGCUUCAACCGCUCAACAUGCCUAUGCCCUUGUUGAUGAGGAGGACAUUGAGUAUGAGCUCCAAGACAGAGAGAUUGACCUCGGCGACAGCUGGAAGUUGGAGGAGGACAGACUUCUUCGCAUUCACACCGUGCCGAGGAGAUUGCUUUUUGUGCCGGUGGCUUCAAUGGAUCUGCCAGUUCCUUUUGAGACCUUGUUGGAUGAGCGCCAAACCGUCAUGGUCUUCGGAGAUGGUCAAACGGCUUCACACCAGAGUCCGUGGUGGAAGAUCAAGCCAGAAAUGAUGACGGAAGAGUGGACUGGCGAGACCGAGUUCCAAAUUGCUCCUGGAACUUUGACUGAGGCCGCUGAACCACAAGCACUCCAACCCGCUCCCAUGACUCCUGGACAAGUUGGAGAUGGCAACACCUUGAAGAGACGUAGAACCAGGACUAGACAACUCCAAAGAGGUUUUUGGGAAGAGCUUUCACAACCGGAACCACAAGACCUUUUGAAUGCAGUUCUGGAGCACGUCAUAGCAGAAGAACUACAAGAUGGGUCACGACUUGACCUCGAAAGCGACCUUGGACAACAAUGGGUCGCACAUGAGUCAGCACAAGCGGAAGUCAAACUCAUCCUGACCUCACAGACCGCCAAGAGGAUGAGAAAGCCUCAGCCUUUUGCUGGACCCUUGGAAGUUCCACUUCGACGGUCCUAUCUCUUGCUCGAAAAUGGCAAGGUCCUCGCAACUUCUUGGGAAGAGUGGCAAAAGAUGGCCCCAGCUUCACAAGUGAGACCUUUAGUUGCCCAGAAGCGUCGCCUCUACUUGGUCCUGUUUGGCAACGAGCUUGGAGAAGGUUUGCAGAUGGAAGUUUUCCUGAGCGUGGCAUUGUUUGCGACCGAGCCAAGUAUUUUUUUAGCAGAGCUUUCGGAGGAGUUCUCAAGCCACGGAUGUCAUUUUUCCACAGCUGCUAAAGCCAGUCCAUGGCAGAUCGGACAAGUGGAGCGACAUGGAGGACUCUGGAAAACCACGUUCAAGCGACUUGUUUGGGCGCAACAGAUUGCAGGCAGAGAAGAAGUUUUGAUGGCUACAGCAGCUACUACAGCAGCGAAGAACUCGAUGGCUCGCAAGCACGGCUUCUCACCAUCUCAAUGGGUGAUUGGCCGAGAUGUCAGACUUCCUGCAGCCUUGAGCGAUGAUUCAGAGAUUGGACGGCUCAGUGCACAAUCUUUAGCUGAAACUCCUGGUACACGUUUUUACAGACAGAAUGUUAUCAGGAUGCAAGCACGUGAGAGUUUUGCCAGAGCUGCCAAUGAUUCGGCACUUCGCCGAGCUGAACUUCGCAAAGCACGGCCAUCACGAGGCCCUUUCCCUGUUGGCACCUAUGUUUUCUAUUGGGAUUCAGCCGACAAGCGAAGCAGCCCCUGUUUCUGGAGAGGAGUCGCUAGAGUGAUUGGUCAUGAAGGCAGCAGCACAGUUUGGUUAGCACACCGAGGUAUUUUGGUAGCAGUUUCUCCUGAGCAUUUGAGCAGAGCAUAUGAGGAAGAGAUUCAACAGUGGAUCAAUGUGAACCACGAGACCGACCUCAUUGAUGCUGUCCCUGCCGCUGGAGGAACAGGUUUUCUGGAUUUGAGGAAAGCAGCACCACCUGAUUUUUCGAACCUUCCAAAGCUUUCUGCACCAGAGCUACCAGAGCUUCCUGACCUACCCGAAGGUGAGCAAGAGCUUGAUUUGGAGCCAACACCUUCGAUCCCCGAUGAGCCGAUGGAGGCACCUCGUGAAGAUGUGCCGCUUCAAGAUGAACCACCUGCUCAAGAACCGAGUUCAGAAGACUUGACAGAAGCAAGCUCGAUCCCAGCAGGCUCAGAUUUCGACCCUGACCUUGACGACUACCACACACGCCCGACACGACAAUUGAGCCCUGUGGUGGAGUUUGAUGCAGAGGCUGCAGAACGUGAGGCCAAACGACUUCGCCUCACAGCUGACGAAAAGGCAUCGGAAGGUGCGGAUUUUGUUGGAGAGCCUUUGCGUGCAUACAUGGUCAUGGAGUCCCAGCACUUUUUGAACACAGAAGCACGCCAACAGUACUUUUUGUAUGAAGAGUUUUAUUUGGAGCACCGUGUUUCGCAAAGUGAUUUCAUGUUUGCAGUGUAUCGCAACCUUUUUGACGACAAGUAUGCAGUGCUUGCCGAGUAUGCCUUCCAAAGCGGACAAACCACGACACCUGUCAAGAAGAAGGGCAGGAAAGAGCUGAAGCUGAAUGAGAUUCCCAAGGACAAGCAGCUUUUGUUCACUGGACCUGAUGGUUCAGAUGCCCGUGAAUGGAAAGCCUGGCUCGAGAAGGAAGCCUGCACAGUUGUUGAUUUGGAGAGAUCACAAAAGAUCCGCAGAGACAGCCCCGACUUGAUCGUGCCGACGCGAUGGGUACGAACCAACAAGUCAGAGGGCAUUGUUGGAAAAGAAUUUCAGGCGAAAAGCCGACUGGUCGUGCAAGGAUUCAAGGACAAGAUGCUUGGUGCCUAUAGGAGGGACGCCCCAACAGCGUCAGCAGCAGCAGAAUCCAUUUGUUUGGCCCUGGUCGCUCAUUUUCAUUUUGUGCUCCUGGCAAAAGACAAAGAGGAGGCUCAUAAAGCCAUUUAUGGUUUUGCAGAGUCGGCCCGACUUUUCUGGCUGGCACUACGUGAGCACCUCUUAGCUGAUGGAUGGCAAGAGUCCAAGCUGGAACCUGCACUUUUCUACCUGAGAGAAGGCGGACGACUUCGAGGUGUGCUUGUGACACAUGUUGAUGACCUCGAAGGAGGAGUUCAAGAGGAUUGGCUCAACCGAGCCUUUGCCAAAUCCUCAGCUGCACUUGAGUUUGCAACCAACCACGUCCACGACUUCAUUUUCAGAGGUCGCGAGAUUCGACAGACCCCUGAGGGACACAUCGAUGUGAUGAUGAAGAACUAUGCAUUGUCUCUCAAGCCUGUCAACCUCAAGAAGGAAAGACGGCAGCAGCUCGAGUCCAGCCUGACGGAGGAGGAGAAGGAAGUGCUGAACAGUUCAGCUGGAGAGCUUGGAUGGCUUUCGCGCCAGUUACGGUGCGACCUAGCGUUUGAAAACGGCUGUGCCCAAAGGUGCAAGGCUGACCCUUGCAUAGCAGACCUCCUGAAGUUGAAGGGGUACCUAGGUGCAGCAAAACGCGCAGCUGACUUUCGGAUGAGAUACUGGUCCGACGUCAACCUGGCUGAAGGUGUGAUGGUCAUGUUGUCGGAUAGCGGCCAUGCCAACAACAAUGAAGCUGGAGAUAAGAAGUUCCGCUCUGUUGGAUUUUUCAUCCUGAUAGCAAACCCCGGCUUUCUACAUGGGGAUGAAGUUCGCUGCAAUGUUUUGAGUUUUCACUCCGGCACCACGAAGCGUGUUUGCAGAAGCACUUUGGCCGCAGAGGCCAGCCACUUGGCUGAAGCAGUAGAAGCUGGUGAUUGGAUGAUCGUUCUUUUAGAAGAGGCCUUGACCGGAGAACUCGACCUGAAGAAUUGGCCCGAGAUCAUCAAGAGAAGACAACGCGUCUACGUCACCGACGCCAAGUCUGUCUACGACUACUUGGAGAAAGACAGCACCAGCACCUCUUCAGAUAAAAGGAUGGCCAUAGAAGGAGCUCUUCUUCGAGAAACCGUCCGACAGGAUGGAGCACAUGUGAGGUGGAUUGAUGGCAUGCAGAACAUUGCCGAUGUCCUCACGAAGAUGGGAGCAGACAAAACUAUGCUCCGUGAGUUCCUUAGAACAGGAAAGCUUUCGCUAGUUCAGAACGAGCUCAACCGACAGCUCAAAGAGAAGAAAAGGACAGAACGCCAGAAUAGAAAGAAGGUGAAAGCUGAAGAUGGCCAGAAAGAAGAGAGGCAAAAGCUUCGAAGGCAGAAGCUAGCGGCUGAAGUGAAGGCCGAACAAGCUGAGGAAUCAGCUGAAAGCGAGCUUUGA